AUGAUAAAGGGAAUAAAAGUACUUUUAUUUCUAAUUUUUACCUUAAAUAACUUUAUAAAAUGUGAUGACGAAGAUAAAACUGUUAUUUUGUCUACAAAAAAUGUUCAAAAUUUAAACUCUUCACAACUUUUAACUCCACUUCGGAAAUAUGAUCCUGAUAUUUCCAUUAUCGCAUCCGUUAACGUUGAGGGUAAUUAUGGAUUGGAAUUGAGGAAGGAGACGUUUGCGCCUUUGGGCCUUGGUAAUUUUACAGAAUUUCGUGAGAGUUGUGACGCGCUACGUAAAUUAAUAAAUGAAACAUUUGAGAGAAUUGGCUUUGACUUUAUUGAUAAUAACAAAGCACUCGAACAAGUUCAAUCUGGACUAUGGUUCUACAUACCACUACUAGAUAAUACUUCACUGGAGGAAUUUGUGAAGUUGGUUGAGAAGAACAAGAGUGAGAGGAAUGUAACGCUAUUGAUAACGCAUUGUGAUUUGUUGGAUACGAAACAACUGAGGAAACCCAAAGCAAUUGAAGACGUACCUAAAGAUACAAAAGAGGAAGGAAAGGAAGAGUUAAAAACAACACCGGUCAUUUUCCAGCAGCUUUUAGUCAUGUUCUUUUUCAUUGUUAUUUUAUUCUUUGGUCUUUCAUUCUCAUUAAACGUUAAAACUCCCUCAUCACUCCUAACUCCACAACAAACCAAAACUAAACUUAACUAA